AUGUCUGGCAAGGGUAAAGCUACUGGUGGUCGCGGCAAGAAGGGCAAGACGUCGUCCCGGUCGUCCAAGGCCGGUCUUCAAUUCCCCGUUGGUCGUGUGGCUCGUUUCUUGAAGAAGGGUCGCUUUGCUCAACGCAUUGGUGGUGGGGCCCCCGUCUACCUUGCUGCUGUCUUGGAAUACCUGUGCGCCGAAAUCUUGGAAUUGGCUGGGAACGCCGCUCGCGACAACAAGAAGUCUCGUAUUAUUCCCCGCCACAUCCAAUUGGCGGUCCGUAACGACGAAGAACUCAACAAGUUGUUGGGCGACGUCACCAUCGCGUCCGGUGGUGUCUUGCCCAACAUUCACAACAUCUUGUUGCCCAAGAAGUCGGCUACUGAAGGCAAGAUGACCAAGGCCGACAAGAAGUCUGCUUAAAUGUGCACGUCAUCUCCUUUCAUCAAGUCGUGUCGGCAAUGUCGAUCGACGUUCAUUCCCUGGCUUUUUUCAAAGCCACCCUUCUGGCGAGAACCACAUCGAUCUCCUUUUGCAUGCCUCAAUCGCUUGUCAACUCAGGACCGUCCAAACUCUUCCAAAGCGCUGUGUUGACUGGAGUUCCGCCAUUUAUUAUUGUGAAGUGGAGAAUGCCACGGUAAGAUGUUGAAGCGAGGUUAUGGUCGAUUUGAUUGUAGGCAUGUCGGAAGCUAGCUGCUGAAGGACAGUUCUUACGAUGGAGACUGGUCCGUCCAUCAUGCAAUGUCACCGUGUUCAAGCUUGGCCAGUCGUGCCGCGAUGAGUCGCUAACUCUACUCGAAUGCGUGGCGAGUGGAGGAUUCAACGGGAACGAGGAGAU